GAAACAGGUUUGAGCAGUUUUCGUCAGCAAGUCAUGCGGCAGCAACCGCAUUCGUUGUGCAAGAGAAGGCGCAGCAAUGGUAUUCCUGUACCUUUCCUCGGCCCUGCUCUUGUGGCGGUGGUGCUCCUCUGCUUGGCCGCUCCCAUCAGUUCCUGCACAGAACAGGACAAGAUCUCCCUCCUCCAGUUCCUAGCUGGCACCUCGUCGGACGGUGGCCUCAAGGCGUUGUGGCAGAACGGCACCGACUGCUGCACAUGGGAAGGGAUCAUCUGUGACACAGACAGGACAGUCACCGAUGUCUUGUUGGCUUCGAAGGGCCUUGAAGGGAGCAUCUCACCAUCCCUUGGCGAGCUCAGAGGCUUGCUGCGCCUCAACCUAUCCCAGAACUCAUUGUCCGGUGGCCUACCGCUGGAGUUGGUAUCGUCCAGCAGCAUCAUCGUCAUAGACGUCAGCUUUAACCUCCUCAACGGAAACAUGCUAGAGCUACCAUCUUCAACUGCUGGUCACCCUCUACAGGUAUUGAACAUCUCAAGCAACUUGUUUACAGGACAGUUUCCAUCCACAACAUGGAGGGCGAUGGAGAAUCUGAUCGCACUCAAUGCCAGCAAUAACAGCUUUACAGGGAGGAUACCAACUCAUUUCUGCGAAAGCUCGCCGUCAUUAGAGGUGCUUGAACUAGAUUACAACAGAUUCAGUGGUAGCAUUCCCCUUGAAGUUGGUACUUGUUCCAGGCUCAGAGUGCUAAAUGCUGGUCAGAACAAUCUCAAUGGGACACUCCCAGAAGAACUCUUCAAUGCUACCUCGUUACAGCACCUGUCACUUCCUAACAAUGCCUUGCAUGGAGUGCUUGAUGGUGCACACAUAAUGAACCUCAGAAACCUCAUAACCUUUGAUCUUGGAGGGAACAAUUUCAGCGGCAAAAUUCCAGAUUCUAUUGGUCAGCUCAAGAGAUUGGAGAAGCUCCAUUUGAACAACAACAUGAUGUCUGGGGAGCUGCCAUCAGCCCUGAGCAGCUGCUCAAAUCUCAUAACAAUUGACCUCAAGAGCAACUACUUCAACGGAGAACUUAGCAAGGUCAACUUCUCCACACUGUCCAAUCUAAGAACUUUAGAUCUUCACGACAACAACUUCACUGGCGCAAUUCCAGAAAGCAUCUACUCUUGCAGCAGUUUGGUCGUGCUGCGACUAUCAGUCAACCGUUUCCAUGGAGAGCUCUCAUCAAGAAUAGAGAAUCUGAAGUAUCUCUCCUUCUUGUCAAUAGGUAACAACAAUAUUACAAACAUCGCAAAUGCACUUCAUGUUCUCAAGCAGUGCCAGAACCUUAAGACCUUACUUAUUGGGCACAACUUCAGGGGAGAGUCCAUGCCAGAAGAUGAUACAGUAGAAGGUUUGGAGAAUCUUCAGGUUUUGGACAUUGGAGAUUGCCAAUUGUUUGGGGAGAUGCCUAUCUGGAUAUCCAAACUAGAAAAAUUAGAGAUGUUAAUCUUAUCUAACAAUCAACUCACUGGUUCAGUACCAGCCUGGAUCAAAACCCUUAGCAAUCUCUUCUAUCUAGACAUAUCUUCCAACAGCAUCACAGGAGAAAUUCCAAUAGCACUAAUGGAUAUGCCAAUGCUUAAGUCAGAGAAGACUGAAGCCCAUCUAGACCCGAGGGCCUCCGAGCUACCUGCUCAAGCAACUCCAUCACUUCAAUAUCGCAUACAAACUGCUUUCCCUAGAGCACUGGAUCUAAGCAACAAUAAAUUAACUGGUGAGAUCCCCCUGGAGAUUGGUCAGUUGAAAGUCAUCGCUUCACUCAAUCUGAGCUUCAAUGAUUUAACAGGGCAGAUCCCAGAACCUAUAUGUAAUCUCACAGACCUGCAGGUCCUAGACUUGUCAAGAAACAAUCUCACAUGUACAAUUCCAGCUGCAUUGAACAAGCUGAACUUCCUUUCAGCAUUCAACAUCUCUAACAAUGACCUGGGAGGUCCUAUUCCAUCUGGAGGCCAGUUCAACACAUUUCAACGUUCUAGCUUCAAUGGGAAUACAAAGCUAUGUGGCCCUAUUCUCAGGCGCAGUUGUGGUUUAGCAGAAGGGUUGCCCUCCUGUAGUAGUGAAACUCAGGGCAGAGGGAAAAGGAAAAGAUACAAAACAAUUCUACUAGCUACAGUUCCUGCUCUGAUAUCUCUUGUUCUUGUUGCAUUGAUAUUGAUGUUCCGACAGGAGAAGAAGAAAUCCAAGUCAAUUAACACUGCUAGAGUAACACAAGCAAAUGCCUUCUCUGUUUGGAGCUUCAAUGGGGCAAACGUGUUCAAGCAAAUCGUUGAAGCAACCAACGAUUUUAGCGAGAUACAUUGCAUAGGAACCGGGGGAUAUGGAUCUGUCUACAAAGCUACACUUGCAACAUGUGAAAUAUUUGCAGUGAAGAAGAUACACAUGAUAGAAGAUGAGUGUUGCAUCAACGAGUCCAUGUUCAAUCGUGAGAUCGACGCAUUGGUGCAGAUUCGGCAUCGAAACAUCGUAAAAUUAUUUGGAUAUUGUUCCUCUAUCAAAGGCAGGUUUCUUAUCUAUGAAUACAUGGAGAGGGGAAACUUGGCAGAGACACUGAAGACCAAUGAAAGGGCAAUCGAAUUGAACUGGAAAAGGCGGAUAAAUAUUGCAUUGGAUGUGCUUCACGCUUUGGCAUACAUGCAUCAUGAUUGUUUUUCACCAAUUGUCCACCGAGAUAUAACGAGCAACAAUAUUUUGCUUGAUGGCGAGUUUAGAGCUUUCAUCUCUGAUUUCGGCACUGCUAAAAUCCUCAACGUUAACAGCCCAAAUCUCACAAGGCUUGUUGGAACGAAAGGCUAUAUUGCCCCAGAGUUAGCGUAUACGGAGAAUGUGACGGAGAAAUGUGAUGUAUACAGUUUCGGAGUACUUGUUCUUGAGCUAUUUAUGGGAUCUCAUCCAGGCAAUUUACUCUCCUCCAUCUAUUUGACAACCAACAAGAAUGAUGUGUGUCUGAAGGAUUUGCUGGACUCCAGGCUAGAGCUCGAGGAUACUGAAACCGCUAGAGAAAUAUACAUCGUGCUCAGUGUUGCAGUUCAGUGCUUGGAGCCUAAUCCAUCACGCAGGCCAACGGCACGACGUGCCAGUGAUGAGCUAUCUGCUGGGAUUAAAACACGUGAUGAUCAUCAUGUUUAUUAUUUGCACGCCGUCCUAACCAUUCCUUCCCAGUAGUGCCUACAGCCAUAGGGAUGCUGAACUGGUAUUCUUAUAAAUGUGGUUUCUUCUCAAGCGACAACAGUACUUUCAUGCAAAUUUGAAUUUUAGUGUUAUGUAAUAAGAAGAGUACAUUUCUGAUGUUAUGUAGCCAGUAAUAAACUUAUAGUGUAAAUGAAUGCAUAGUACUAGUAAACUUGCUUUGUACAUCUAACUAAAAGGUCGUUAUAGUAUUAAGGGGGGGAAUUUUCCUCUCUCUUCUCCCA